CGUCUAUGGAAGUUUAGUUCUAACUGAACGUUUGCCGCAAACGGUCGAUUCGCGAAAUCCGGCGCGCGCCUCUCAGUCACGUUCAAACCAAUAGUAAGUAACUAUCGGUGUUAUUUUACUUCCAAAAACCACCCCCGGCAUAUGUAGGACUAAAAAUUAUGCUAAGCGGUCUUUCUUAGGGGAAUUUUAUUAUCUAUUAAACAAUUUUCGCAUUUUGUUGCUGCUGCUGUUGGAUGCACGUACGCCCAGCAGUUUACGCGUGGAGAGUUUUUUUUUCAAGUCGGCACUUUUCCACCCUUUCGUUCGUUUUCCAUCUGCGUCCUGUAGCUGAAACCGAUUUGAGGCGUUUUUGGUUCGAUGCUAGACAUGCAGACAAACCGUUACCGUUUUGCAAUUGGAAGUGCGGUUUUAGCAUUUUUUUUUUUUCUGAAAGGCCAGUGUUAACCCGGCGUGAUUAGCUGCAAGGAAGACUAGUCACCAUAGUUAGUGAAAAUUGUAUUUAUAUAUCACACUAGCAACGAAUCAAUUUGGAGCGCGCGGUCGAAUUUUCGUAUCUACCCUCGCAGGAGUGUAUUCAAUCGAAUCGAUUGCUGGUUAAAUAAGUGGAAAAAAGGUGAAUACUACCUUGGCGGCCCUUCGGCAGAAGCACAUAGUUACUAAAUUACGUUAAGCGAAAAUUCAAGUUCAUACCCGAGGGGAAGAAAAGGGAAAAUUUGUAAAGCAGAUUGCCAUAAACUGGCGAAAGCAGAGAAGCUGAAAGAAAAGCGAAUCAACAUACAGGAUUUGCCGCUCGGUUGUGUCGCUGAAUUCAACAACAUUCCCCCGCCGCCGGCGACAUUGAGGACGUUCCAUUCCCAGCCUUAGUACCAGUUUUUUUUCCCUUGCUGCCACCAAAAAACAAGUCAUCAGCCUUUUCAGCGGGAGUUUUGGUUUCUGCAAGUAGAAAAGUGAAAAACGUGUUUUGGCGAUUUUGUGUUGUUGUUUUUUGCGAAACGGAAGAGUUUCGUUGUUGGGGCGAAAAGUUGACGUGAUUAGAUAAAAGUGUGCGGACCACCGGCCUCUUUGAGAAAAAAAGUUGCAAGAUGCCCAGUAAGUUAGCGGCCGCCUGUAAAGAUGAGCUCCGGGUUCGAAACUGUUGCAUGGGGUACAUGCCUCCGGAGGAAUUUGUUAAAUCUCAGUGGCAAUCCCGAACUAAAUCAACGCUGUUCCUGCUGUAUCGGCUCGGUUUGGCGCUUUUCUACUCAGCAGUCGUCAUCAACUCGCUGGUAGAAUCUUCCCUGAAUGAUACGCUGGGAAAAUACUUCAUCUACCUCACCCACUGGGGCAUUCUGAUGUGCAUGGCAACGACGGUGAUGGGAGCAGCUCUCGUAACCCGAUGGUAUUUCCAGCCGGCUUAUUCAGAGAAAAUAUGUAACUGUGACGAAAUGCCAAGGUCUUUCAAAGUCUACUGGAUGAUGCACAACAUAACCUUGAUUGUGUCAGUUUGCAUCACAAUCAUCUACUGGACUAUUCUGCACAACGAUCAAAUGCCCGUGGACGCCAACAACAUUCUGAUACAUGCCACCAAUUGUGUGUUCAUGUUCGCCGACCUCAUGAUUGUGGCUUACCCGGUCCGAAUUUGGCACGUGCUGCAACCGAUCUGCUUCGGACUGUUCUAUUGCUUCUUUUCGGUGAUCUACUUCCUUUGCGGUGGAACCAAUAUCAAGGGCAACCCGUACAUCUACAACGUGCUGGACUGGAACAAACCGGGAGCAGCGAUGAUAACCGUUGUCGGAACCAUCAUUCUGGCUGUCAUCGUCCACGUGUUGAUGUUUUUCGUCUACAAACUACGCACCGUAAUGUAUCUGCGUUGCUUCAAUACGAAGCCAAUACUGCCAACCAACAGCACCAGCAAUCUGCAACAGGGCAAACCCAAUGACGGUAUUUCGAUGGUGUACGGUACCGAUAAUCGGGCUUUCACCAUCAGUGACAAGUAUUAGCAACAACAUUUCCGGUAGAUUUAGCAUGGUGCCUGGACGGACACGGGGAUCAGCGGAUUACUUUUACGACGGACGGGACAAUCGUUCAACUUAGUUUGUAGUUUCCAAUUUAUGUAUAUCAGUUAAGAUUAUCACCGCGAUGAAUGCUACGCCUAACGCCUGAAUGAAUGCAAUGAUUAUGGACCAACGAUGAAACUGAAUUUCAUUCCAUCAUUCCUAUGAAAUAUACAACAAUACAACAUGACCUGUGAUUUAGAGCGAGAAACCGAACUAACCGAUAGUAUAUGAAGAGAAAAUAAAUUAUAAAAUAUGUUUGUGAAUUUUAUACGCAUUAUCUUUGAAGCAAAAUUGUCCUCCUUGAAUCAGCAAGUAGGUAGUGAGUUUAAUGUAUGUAGACGGGCAAUUCACUGAUUGUAAAUACACGUGCAU